UGUGGUUUGACCAGAGAUAAACGGUUUGACUUUGACAGCUUGUCAAUACCAAGUAACAUAUUAAAAAAUGAGUUCUUUAUUAAAUUGCGUACGAUUGUCAAAGGAGAUAUGUAAAAAUAAUAAAGUUAUAUUACUGGCUGUUAGACAUCAUUGGAAUAAGGAUUACAAACCCGGGCCAUAUCCUAAAAGUGAGGAAGAAAUGGCAGCCGCAGCCAAAAAGUACGGCCUUACAAGAUCAGAGUACAAACCUUAUCCUGAUGAUGGACAGGGAGCAGGAGACUACCCCAACAUGCCCUUAGUAUCUGCCGAUUCAAAGGACCCCUUUUACCCAUGGGAUAACCCAGAAUUAAAAAGAAAUUUUAAUGAACCGCUUCAUAGAGAGUUCGAUUUGAUGAGAGAAGAUCGUUAUGAUGUAAGUGCAAAGCUCAGAUGGCCAAUGUGGAUAUAUUGGGCUCAAUUCCUAGGAGUAAUGGCAGGUUGUUUUGCAGUUUAUGCAUUAGCAGAACGUGUAAAAAUGUUCCCUGCUGUUAUACCAAGACAGUAUCCAAGUCAAGGUAAAAUUCAUUACACAUUUGAGCAAAAUUAAUUUAUAAUUUAAAAUGUACAGCUUAUUGUUUUCAAUAAAAAAUUAUAUAGG